UCGUACCGAGAGCAUCGAGGGUGCGGAUUAAUUUUUCUUCCCACGCUUUUCUUUUCGGUCGGUCGAGUAAACCACACGCUUUUGGUCUGUUUUUUCUCAUUUUCACGAUACGCGCGUACUACGAGGUGUUAACGAGUCGCAUCGACCUCACCUCGGCAAAGUUUCUCUUCGAUACGUCGAGCAGUGUACGUCGCACGAAGGUCGCCUGGCACGCGCUGCUACAAUUCCUGCUCCCGGGUGGUGGGGGGAUUCGUGAUAUGACCUUAGUGGGGUCCAAGGAGGAGAGCAUCCUGCCCAUCAUGCUGAGUGUGCAGCAGCAGCAUCAUCACCACGGCCUUCACGCCACUUCGAGCGCGCAGACCCAUCGCGGCAACGUGAUUGUCUCCACUAAUAGCAUGCCAACCAAUAACAGUACUCUACAACACGGGUGCAAGCGAUCCAAGAUCUACGGACAAGCGACUGGACCUUACGGCACGGUACCGCAUCAGCCCGCCUCGGUGGCUAGGCGAAAUGCGCGUGAACGCAACAGGGUGAAGCAGGUGAACAACGGAUUCGCUACUCUGAGACAACACAUACCGCAGACAGUGGCGCAGGCAUUGGGAAGUAGUACUGCUGGGACUCAUGGAGGAUCCAGAGCCGGCAGCAAGAAACUAUCCAAAGUGGAAACCCUGAGGAUGGCGGUGGAAUACAUCAGGAGUCUUCAACGUCUUCUGGAGGAGCACGACGGUAGUUCCGAGUCCAGCGGGUCCACUUCUUCAACGUCCUCCAACUCAUCCGAAAAUGGAGUUAGUUCCGAUUCUAAUUCGGCAGAACUGAGACUACGAGGUGGCAUCAAUGAAAUCCAUCAUCACGGUAGUCCACAUGCAUCUGACCUUCGGCAUCAACACCUCAGGCAGAAUUCGAGUCCAACGACUUUUGUCCCGACGACAUGCUCAGAGGCGUCAAGUUCACCAACGCCAAGCUUCGUCUCUGAAACCUCGUCGGCCGGAAGUCAAGGUUACGGCACGCCUGGCACCCUUUACACGACGCAUUCCGAUAGUUACGACAAUUACGAACCGAUGAGCCCGGAAGAUGAGGAAUUGUUGGAUGUCAUCUCCUGGUGGCAGCAGAGUCAGUGAAGAUAUCGAUGUCGAUUGGCUAGGCCCCUGCGUUCUUCUGAAGCAAAGACCAAAUGCAAAAGCACGCGUGAGUCAAAAAA